AUGGAACCAUCCAGUGGUGUAUCCUUUGUUGGAUUACUACAUGAUAAUAAUGCUAGCGAUGAAGAUAAUAAUAAUAAUAAUAUGAUGUCAGAUUCUAGAAAUAACAAGACUCAUGAAGAAAUAGAUUUUGGCAAUGAACACAAUGAUGACGAUGGAUAUGAUGACGAAGAAGAAGAGGAAGAAGAAGAGGAAGAAGAAGAUAAUAACCCAUAUUCAGGAACAAACCAUAUGUAUGCAUCUGGUAUUGCUGCAGUCCUAGAAGAACGCAAUGACUCUGUUCAUCAUCGUUACCAUAAUAAUAAUAAUAAUAAUAAUAAUAAUAAUAAUAAUGAGGAUUAUUCGUCAUCUACAACAACAGCUAAUAAUCCCUCUCACGAACAGUUAAAAGAUAAUUAUUCACAACAAUUAUUUGGAAGCAACUAUGCAACAAUUAAAACCAAUAGCGGCAAUAUUGAAAAUUACUCCAAUAGCAUCGCUUCUACUAACAGUAAUAAUAUGAAUAACCAUAAUGAUAAAGAUGAAGGUUAUAUUGUUUCCUACGCCGAUUUGAAAAACAUUGUCUCUAAUAGUAACGAUAGUACGCACAAUUUACCAGAUGGCGCCACUGGAAUUGGAGACAAGUAUCGCUUCCCAAUACAAAUAAUAGAAGCAGGUCAAUACAGAAACAGCCUGGGGAAAUAUGCUAUUGGCUAUACCAUUUCAUUUAAUUCACAACUAGUCACAAGAAGAUAUUCUGAAUUUGAUAGCUUGCGCCAAUCGCUAUGUAAAUUGUUGCCUACCAUCAUUAUCCCAGUUAUACCAUCCAAGCAUCCCUUAAUCAAAUAUUUUUUGAACCCCUUAAGUGCUGAAAACGAUUUGAAAACUAUUGAAAAACGGAAGCGCUUGUUGACUGUUUUUUUAAAUAACUGUUAUUCUCAUAAAGAGAUUAGGGAUUGUGUUGUCUUUGCAAAGUUUUUAAAUCCAGAGUACACUUGGUCUAAGGUGUUAUCGUCCCCACCGAUCUCUAUUUUGCCAACCAAUACAUUAUUGGCACCACCUUUGGCUCCAACUAAACCUAGCCCAUUGCAUUUAUUAUUGCCAGUGCCCUCGCAUAUAGUUUUGGACCCGCAAUAUUUGACUGCCGCGGAUUCCACAAUUGACUCUCCAAAGUUUAGGAAAUAUGAAAAGUUUCUACAUUUUUAUUAUGAAAAUUGUCGUACUAUUUGGAAAAUUUCUAAACAAGAAAAACACCAUUAUGAACAGCUAACCAAAUCGUUAGCUGAAUUAGGUGCAUAUUAUAAUGCAUUUAGUUUAGAAAAUCACAUAUUUUCAACAUAUAAAGUUACUGAACUAUCUAAAGGCAUUGAAAAAAUAGGCCAAGCCAUUGAUAUAUCAUAUGUUUCUACUGAAUUGUUGUUUGUUAAUUUUCAAAAAUAUUUGGAGGAACCAGUUUGCGAAAUGCUUCAAUUGAUUGAAGAAUCUGAGAAAAUUUUAAAAUUUAGGAAACUAAAACUAACACAAUUUUAUAUUAUAGAUAAGACCAUUAUUAAAAGAAAUAAAACGUUGAAACAAUUGGAAAACAUGGAUACUGAUUUAUCCAAGAUUGAGGAAACUUUGGCCAAAAACGCUUCUGAAUCUAGAACCGUUGCUAAAGUAGUGGAAAAUUUAAAAAAACAAAAAAUAAUAUCAUCAAGCAAGACUACGGAUGGUAUUUGUUUACCAAAGAGUGACCCAACUAUGAAAUCACACCCCUUUUUGGCAAGCACAAACAGUAGGGAUGAUAUGAUAGAUGCCAAUGGUGCUUUGGGCCCCACCGGUAGCAAUAAUGCCAUACUUACUUCAGAAACUGGGAAUGGAAACGAGGAUGAUAACAGUAAUACUACUCAUAGUAGUAGAAGAAGUAGCGUAAAAACAGUACACAAUGAAAAUUCUAAUGCUAUUAUAAAUAACAAUAAUGUCAGCAUUAGUAGUGCUGAUGUUAAUGACAAAACAUUGUCACCAACUCUUGAAGCUCAACAAGUUUCGCCUACAUGUGAUACCGAUAGUACUGAUAGAUUGAAUCAAAGCACCAGCAGCAAAGAUACUAUUCUUUUGAAACAAGAGGAGGAAAGAAAAAGGGAAAUAAUUAAAUUAAAAACAGAGUUGGAAAAGUUAAGGGAUUGUUUUGAACUAAUUAAGAAGGAUAUGAAUGAAGUUAAUUCCAGUAUCGAUUAUGAAUUAGUUACUUUAUUUGCAUAUUUCGACGAAAAAUGGGAUUAUAUGAUGAGAGUUUUAACCAAAUGUAUUUUAUCGUGGAUCAAAGAUUCUUUAGAUUCUUGGAAAAAUGCAAGAGAAUUGGUCAAUCAUAUUUAG